AUGACGGCUCUGGUCACCCUGCUGUCCCUGCUCCUGCUGGGACCCCAGGCCCAGCACGGGACCGAGUGGACCUACUCAGAUGGGGUGCUGGAUGAAGCACACUGGCCGAGGGAGUACCCCGACUGCGGGGGGAAGAGACAGUCGCCCAUCGACCUGCAGAGGGAGAAAGUGUGGUACAACCCUUCCCUGAGGGCUCUGAACCUGUCAGGCUACGAGGUCCAGCACGGGGCGUUCCUUAUGAUCAACAAUGGCCACACAGUACAGAUCAGCCUGCCCCCCACCAUGUGCAUGACGGCUGCCAAUGGUACCCAGUACAUAGCCCAGCAGAUGCACUUCCACUGGGGUGGCGCCUCCUUGGAGAUCAGCGGUUCCGAGCACACCAUUGACGGGAUCAGAUAUGUGAUGGAGAUUCACGUCGUUCAUUACAAUUCUAAAUACAAGAGCUACGAUAAGGCUCAGAAAGCACCGGAUGGUUUGGCUGUGCUGGCAGCCCUCGUUGAGGUCAAGGAUGAUGCUGAAAAUACUUACUACAGCAACUUCAUUUCUCACUUGAAGAGCAUCAGGUAUCCAGGACAAAGCACAGUUCUGAGGGACCUUGAUGUUCAGGACAUGCUACCUGGGAACCUCCACUACUACUACAGCUACUGGGGGUCACUCACCACUCCUCCCUGUACUGAGAAUGUCCACUGGUUUGUGCUGGCAGAUACCGUCAAGCUCUCCAGGACACAGGUCUGGAAGCUGGAGAAUUCCUUACUGAAUCACCAGAACAAGACCAUCCACAAUGAUUACCGUGGGACCCAGACCCUGAACAACAGAGUGGUGGAAGCCAACUUCAUGUCUCAACUUAAUCAGUGCUCUGAGCUCCAGUUUUAUCCAAACAAUAUUGACAGUAACCUUGAGUACUCGAGAAGGUUUAUUGAACAGAAGAAAGCAAAGAGAAAAAGACAAGGGUAA